AUGAAGCUCCUGAUUCUCGCCGUGUUCGCCCUGUUCCACGUGGCCCACGGUGAGGAAGGCGCCAGGCUCCUGGCCUCCAAAUCUCUACUAAACAGAUAUGCAGUGGAGGGCAAGGACUUGACUUUGCAGUACAACAUCUACAACGUUGGCUCCAGUGCUGCUUUAGACGUGGAGCUCUCGGAUGAUUCUUUCCCCCCCGAAGAUUUCGGCAUUGUCUCUGGGAUGCUCAACGUCAAGUGGGACAGGAUCGCUCCGUAUCUUUUCGUGUUGUGA